AUGGGUUGCAUUCAUAGUUCUACAAAUGAUGGUAAUUUACUCUUAUCAAAUUCAAAUAUUGUUGAUCAGAACUUUCCAUCAUCAUCAUCAUCAUCAUCACUCACAAUCGUAGAACAAAUUGAAGUAGAAAAAAUUCUUUCCGCAAUUCCUCAGCAUUGCCGUCAAACUAUUGCUAAUUUUCCUUCACGGCAAUUACUGAAUAUUUACCAACGUCAUUUUUUAGCCAAAUAUUAUAUUGGGCAAGAAAACUUUGUAUGUGCUAUAGCACAUGAAUAUCGAGUAGCGAAGGAAUUAGAAGUUUUAAUGGGUAAUGAUGAAGACCAUUUUAUCUAUAUUGAUAUUUAUAAUGUCAUGUCAAAAUGUUUGAUGAAACACAAUGCUAUUCCAACAGCUACUCAAUUAAGUCGAUCUGCUAUGGCUCUAUUGUUAAAACAUACACCAAUGGAUCAAGCAGCAAUCAGUACACAAUAUGCUAAUUUAGCCGUGAUUUAUCAAGUACAAAAAGAUUGGGUAAACGCGAAUUACUGUUUGAAAGAAGCAAUAAAUACAGCACAAAAAAUCGAUCAACCAGAUCAUCAAUAUAUUCAGCUACUUCAAAAAAAUUUGGAUUUGAUCAAAGAACAAGUCGUUGACGAAAUAUUUUCAACAAUGACUUUGACCAAAGUGGAACAAAAGCCAGGCGAAACUGAAGAUCAAUGUCGACGUCGAGCAAUGGCUGAAAUAAUCGAAUUCAAUGCUGAACAUGGAACAUUUCCUUUUGAUAAAUUCGAAUUUACACGAUUACCUCUCAAAGAAACCGAAUCACUAGUCAAUGACCAAAUUCUCAAUGAUGUUAUUCUCAAAUUAAAAACUUUUCUUACUAAAAGCCCAUCAUCAGAAUCCGAAGAAUUCAAUUUUAUUGCAAUUGAAUUUAAACAUGCACAAAUGAAAGAAACUUCCUUAUCUCCAGCAAUUAUCGAAGCAGCAUUAACAAUUAUUUUUGAUCAAAUCAAUAAUGAAAAAUUCUCCAAUGAUGAAAAAUAUGCAUCAUUGAAACAAUUUCCAUAUUCAUUCUCCUAUACACAUGAUCAUUUCUUUCACCAAUUAGGUGUCAGAGUAUUUCUUGUCAAAACAAAAUCGAAAUUAUCUCAAAAGUAA